AUGGACAAUUCUACGCCAAUGAAGCAAUCAUCGGAAUCUAGUAGCCACAACGACGUCAUCGUCAAGAUUGACAAUCAAGAGAAGGAUAAAGAAGAUCCCACGAUUGCACGUGGAUUUAGUUUCUCGAAUAUGAAUUCAGAUAGUCCGGUUAGAGGUGUAGUCGAUAGGGUUUUGGAUUCAAAACAAUCUUUUGAAAAUGAUGAUUUUGCUGCCAACAAGUACGGCAAAGACGCGUCUUCAGACGAUGACGACUACGACGAUGAUGAAGAUGAAUACCGCUUAAUGAAUCAGCAACGCCAGAGACGAGUACCAAGCAAUUUAAGCUAUGUUCCGGAAAAUGAUGCUGGCGGGGAGGUUUUGAAAUGCACGUCGUAUCAACGGCGAGCAAGUUUGGUAAGAACUAAAACUCAACAAUCAAGACUGAUUGAUCCCCCGGAGGUUCCGUAUUCCAGCCCAUAUUAUAGAACCGGCGGCCACACGCCUCCUAACGGUGGGAUGGCACGCUCAGGGAGGAUGGACAACGACGAUGAAGAUGAAUCUUUGUUUGAUGAUGAUAAUCCUGAUGAUCUGAAGAACAAUAAGCUUGAUGCAAUGACAAUUAUUCAAUGGAUAAGUUUUGUUUUAAUCAUAGCAUCUUUAAUUUGCACCAUUAGAUUUCCAAAUUGGACACGUAGAUCUUUCCGGGGUCUGUUCCUGUGGCAAUGGGAGCUUUUGAUCCUGGUUUUGAUAUGCGGGAGAUUGGUCUCCGGUUGGUUUGUUCGGAUCGCGGUGUUUUUCAUCGAAAGGAACUUCCUUUUGAGGAAACGGCUUUUGUAUUUUGUGUAUGGAGUACGAACACCGGUGCAGAAUUGUAUCUGGUUAUGUUGGGUUUUGAUUGCAUGGAAUUCUAUAUUUGAUGAAACAGUUGAAGCCCUUCAUAUCCCACUUUUGGAGGUUCUAAACAAGUUCAUGGUUUGCAUGCUGAUUGCAACCUCAUUGUGGCUGAUCAAGACUUUGAUAGUUAAAGUUCUUGCAUCUACAUUUCAUGUUAACAAGUUCUUUGAUCGAAUCCAAGAUGCUUUGUUUAACCAGUAUGUAAUCGAGACGUUAUCCGGGCCGCCUUUGGUGGAGAUUCAUAACCAUCAUUUGGGAGAUAAGAGUUUGUCUAGGGUUUCAGAAAUUGGCGGUUAUUCGUUUAAAGGAAAGGGUAGUAGUGCGGGAAUGGCGAGUGGAAGGUUGCAUAGGAACUUGGGGGGUUCGAAGAAACACGACGGGAAAGAUCAAGGGAUAACGAUUGAUCAUUUGCAUAGGUUGAACCAUGAGAAUGUUUCGGCGUGGAACAUGAAGAGGUUGAUGAAGAUUAUCCGUCACGGAUCGUUGACAACUUUGGAUGAGCACUUGCAAGGUACAUACUAUGAUGAGCCUGGGACGGAAAUCCGAAGCGAGAUUGAGGCGAAACGUGCUGCGAGGAACAUAUUCAUGAAUGUUACGCGACGUCGAUCCAAGUACAUCUAUUUGGAUGAUUUAAUGAGGUUUUUGAGAGAAGAUGAAGCCGUGAAGACCUUGUCUUUGAUAGUAGCAUCACCUGAGGAUGAAAGAAUAGGGAAGAAUGCCUUGAAGAAUUGGGUGGUUAGUGUUUUCCGAGAACGAAAAGCACUUGCCUUGACCCUAAACGAUACAAAAACCGCAGUCAACAAACUACACCGGAUGGUGAACGUGUUGGUUUCCCUCGUCAUUUUGGCCAUUUGCCUUGUGAUCCUAAACAUCGCGACUACAAAAGUUCUAGUCCUCAUUAGCUCUCAACUUGUUUUGGUGGCGUUUAUAUUCGGAAAUACUUGCAAAACCAUAUUCGAGUCCAUCAUCUUCUUGUUUGUCAUUCAUCCUUUUGAUGUCGGGGAUCGUUGUGAGAUUGAUGGAGUUCAGUUGAUCGUAGAGGAGAUGAAUAUCAUGAACACUAUAUUUCUUAGAGGAGACAAUCAAAAAGUUUAUUUUCCUAACAACACUCUAGCGACAAGAUCCAUCGGCAACUAUUAUCGUAGUCCAGAUAUGGUCGAUACUAUCGACUUCUUAAUUCAUGUCGGCACCCCAGCAGACAAGCUCUCCCUCAUUAAACAACGAAUACUCAGCUAUAUCGAGAGCAACAAGGAUCAUUGGUACCCCGACCCGAUCGUGCUACCGAUGGAUAUGUAUGAUCUAAAUACGCAAAAGUUAUCGGUCUGGGUGCAACACAAAAUGAAUCAUCAAGAUAUAACAGAAAGAUUUUUGAGGAGAGGCAAGAUUGUUGAAGAGAUGAAUCGAAUCUUUAAAGAACUAGACAUCGAAUACCGAACGUAUCCACUUGAUAUCAACAUCCGAAGCAUGCCUAUGCCUGUUGGUCCGGAACGUAUUCCUUCCACAUGGGGUGCUCCUAACUGAAUUGAGAAAGGGAACCAUAGACCUACAUCACCGGUAGCUACGACAUGAGCUAGCGCAUUCAAUUCAUCAACCCAAAAUGUUGUUUGGUUCGGUAAAACAAGUUUUUGACAUCAAUGCUCCCAUGUUCCACCAAAGUUUUUCCAUUGUUUCACUUUAGUUGAAGACAAAGUGAAUAUACAAAAUUUAAUUGGAACAUAAGAAGGAAUGGAGGCUUGGCCGAUACUUAUGAGGAUUUGCGGAUGAUUUGGUUGAGGUUUCUGUAAGAUGGAAUGGUUAUGCAUUCAUGGACUUAGUGUAGAUCACUUGUUUACAAACUCUUUGAUCCAUUGUUUUUACCUUAUUUCUUCUU